AUGGAGGCCGACAAGCACAAGGAGACUGCAAACACGUCGGCGGUAGUGUCCGACAACAACAGCCACGAUGAGGAAGUCGGCGUUGUCAACAAGUCGAAGCCCUUGGUCCGUGAGCUGCGGAACAGGCACAUGCAAAUGAUUGCCAUUGGCGGAUCCAUCGGCGCCGGUCUGUUCGUCGGUAGUGGAAAGGCUCUGCGAACCGGUGGCCCUGCAUCACUGCUGAUCUGUUAUAGUAUCAUCGGAGGAAUGCUUUUCUUUGUGUGCCAAGCACUCGCCGAGUUGGCUGUCUUGUAUCCUGUAAACGGUGCUUUCUAUACCUAUGUCGUCCGCUUUGUUGAUCCUUCCUGGGGCUUCGCUGUUGGUUGGGACUACGCACUUUCAUGGCUUACCGUCUUGCCAUUCGAACUGAUCGCAGCAUCAAUCACGAUCAAGUACUGGCGCGACGACCUGCGCCCUUCCAUCUGGAUCGCCACCUUCCUCGCCGUUCUGAUCAUUAUACAGUUUUUUGGAGUCAGGGGUUAUGGUGAAGUUGAGUUCAUACUCAGCGUGAUCAAGAUUGCGGCUUGCACUGGUUUCAUCAUUCUGGGUAUUGUCAUCAACACUGGUGGUGUGGGUGACCAAGGAUACCUCGGAGCGAAGUACUGGGUAGAUCCCGGGCCUUUUCAAAAUGGGUUUAACGGGUUUGCGGGUGUAUUUGCAAUCGCAGCCUUUGCAUUCGGCGGUACCGAGCUUGUUGGCCUGGCAGCUGCUGAGUCGGACAACCCGAGGAAGAGCAUCCCCGCGGCGAGCAAGCAGGUGUUCUGGCGCAUUGCCUUCUUUUACAUCGUCAACCUUUUCAUCAUUGGUCUUAUUGUGCCCGCCAACGACCCUCGUCUCAUGGGUGCCUCGGGCGCCAACACCAAGGCUUCUCCCUUUGUGCUCGCCAUCGAAGAUGCCGGUAUCCGCGUCCUCCCCCACAUCAUGAACGGGGUCAUCACCGUCGCCGUCAUCUCCGUGGCCAACUCGUGCGCCUUUGGCAGCACCCGUACUAUGCAGGCCAUGGCCGAGCGUGGCAUGGCCCCCAAGCAGCUCGCCUAUGUCGACAAGAAGGGUCGCCCAGUCAUUUGCAUCAUCAUCCAGCUGGCUUUUGGUCUCCUCGCCUUCAUCGGCGAGUCCGCCGACUCGGGCAAGGUCUUUGACUGGCUGCUGUCGCUCUCGGCCCUGUCCUUCUUCUUCGUCUGGGGCUCCAUCUGCCUCGCGCACAUCCGCUUCAGGGCCGCCUGGAAGCUGCAGGGCUACUCGCUGGAGCAGAUCCCCUACAGGCCGGCGUUUGGCGUCUAUGGCAGCUGGAUCGGCUUCGCUCUCAACUGCUUGUGCCUGAUUGCGACUUUUUACAAUGCUUUAUACCCAUCGCCGAACGCCAAACCCGACGCCGAGGUGUUCUUCCAGAGCUACCUGGCUGCCUUCAUCGUCAUCGGUCUUUACGUGUUCUGGAAGGUUUACUCUAGGGAAUGGAGCCUUUAUGUGCCACUGGCCGACAUCGACCUCAUGUCUGGAGCCCGCAUGGCGGAGCCGUCUGACGAGCCCGAGGAGGAGCGGACUUGGAAGAACCUUCCCAAGCGGGUAAUCAAGGCUCUCUUCUAA